GCAGAGUGACAGUAUGGCGGCGGAAUACAGCUGGAAGGAUGCUACUGUCGCCCGCGAUGUGUCACUCGCCGGCAGGACGUACUAAAUGGAAUAUUGACGUCGAAAGAAGAGGAUUUUAGCGAGGCAGGCCUGUCACCUUGAAGUCCGAGAUGGCCAGGCUUGCCGACUACUUCGUGGUGGUCGGUUACGAUCUCGAUAAACGAGGGGGCAGUGAGGGUCAAGGUCGCAUUCUCCAACGGUUUCCUGAGAAGGACUGGGAAGACAACCCAUUCCCACAGGGCAUAGAGCUGUUCUGUCAGCCCAACGGGUGGCAGCUGGUCCCUGAAAGGCAGCCUCCCUCCUUCUUUGUGGCGGUGUUGACGGACAUUAACUCGGAGCGUCACUACUGCGCCUGCUUCACCUUCUGGGAGUGCCUAGACAACCCACAGCUGCAGAAAGCCGAGGCCAGCGAGGUGGAUGAGGAUGAGGAACCGGGGGUCGACCAGCCGGCCCAUAUAUUUGCCCCCAAGAGCCUGGUUCUGGUGUCCCGGCUAGACCACACUGAGGUCUUCAGGAACUGUUUGGGGCUCAUUUACACUGUCCAUGUGGACAGCCUGACAGUCCCCCUGGAAACUGUAAUCGGAAAUCUCCUCACCUGUGUUAUCCCCAUCGCUGGAGGCUCCCAGCCGGGCCAGGAGGAGAGAGAGGAGAAUUUGAGGACCAUAACCCUAGGGGCGGGUGAUCGGCAGGUGAUCCAGACUCCCAUCAAUGACUCCCUCCCUGUCAGCGGCAGCAGCGUGGCUCAACUCUUCAGACAGCUCGGCAUAGUCAACGUGCUGUGCUUGUUCUGCGCCGCCCUCACCGAACACAAGAUCCUGUUCCUGUCCACCAGCUACCAGCGCCUUACGGAUGCCUGCCGGGGCCUGCUGGCCAUCAUGUUUCCACUCAAAUACAGCUUCACCUAUGUUCCCAUCCUACCGGGGAAACUCCUGGAGGUCCUCAGCACGCCCACGCCCUUCAUCAUUGGGGUCAACUCUUUCUUCCGCUCCGAGACACAGGAACUGUUGGAUGUUAUCAUUGCUGACCUGGACGGCGGCACAGUGACCAUCCCAGAGUGUGUCCACAUCUCCCUUCUCCCCGAGCCUCUUCUCCAGCAGACCCAGACCGCACUCUCCAUGGUUCUGGAUCCAGAGCUGGAGAUAGCUGACCAAGCCUUCCCCCCAUCCUCCACACAACCCUCAGCACUCAAGAUCCUGGAUAAGGAGAUCCGAGCGGUCUUUCUAUGGCUGUUCGCCCGGCUGUUCCAGGGCUAUCGUUGGUGUCUGCAUAUCAUUCGGAUCCACCCAGAACCAGUCAUCCGCUUCCAUAAGGCGGCCUUCCUUGGUCAGAGGGCGCUGUCAGAGGACGAUUUCCUGAUGAAGGUUCUAGAUGGCAUGGCCUUCGCGGGCUUCGUGUCAGAGAGAGGGCCUCCCUACAGAACCACUGACCUGUUUGAUGAGCUGAUAGCCAAUCAGGUGGCGCGAAUUCGACAAGAGGAGGCAUGCCCACACAAAGUCAUGAGCCACAUCAAGGAGCUGGCUGAGCGGUUGUUUAAAAAUGAAAACCCUUAUCCCACAGUCGCAAUGCACAAAGUCCAGCGGCCGGCCGAGAGCCCCAACCAGGCUCACCCCCAGACCCGACCCCCAUUCCCCAUCCUGGACGAGGUCAGCGUGCAGCUUUUCAUCGACCACGCCACCGCCAAGCUGAAGACGGCCCCGCCUGUGGUCAAAGCUGAACUGAAGAGCAUGGUGCCCUCUGGACCCCCUCUGGGAGACAUAGUGGACAGGAACAGUAACGCGCUGGCCAACAGUGCCCGCAGGCUGGAGGUGGUCAGGAACUGCAUCACAUACAUCUUCGAUAACAAGAUGCUGGAGGCCAAGAAGCUGAUGCCCGCAGUACUGCGGGCGCUGAAGGGCCGGGCAGCAAGGGUGUGUCUGACUCAGGAGCUCAAUCAGCACGUCCUGCAGAACCGAGCCGUGCUGGACGACCAGCAGUUCGACUACAUCGUCCGCAUGAUGAACUGCACCUUACAGGAUUGCUCCCAUAUUGACGAACACGGGAUUGCAGCCGCGCUCCUUCCCUUGGUCACGGCCUUUUGCAGAAAACUGGGGGCCGGCAUCACUCAGUUCGCCUACAGCUGCGUUCAGGAGCACAUGGUGUGGACCAACAUGCAGUUCUGGGAAGCCAUGUUCUACAGUGAUGUCCAGAACCACAUCCGGGCCCUCUACCUGGAGACAGAGGAGGGCGAGCAGCAGACCAACUCUGGGCAGCAAGUUGGGACGGGCGGCGGGCGGGAGGUGCUGAGCGCUCUGGAGCUGGCGUCGGAGCAGAGCCGACUGUGGCCCACGCUCAGCAAGGACAUGCAGACAGAGCGUGUGCAGAAGGAGGAGAGCACGGUGUUCAGCCAGGCCAUCCACUACGCCAACAGGAUGAGCUACCUGCUGCUGCCGCUGGACACCAGCAAGAACCGUCUGCUGCGCAGCACCGGCCUCGGGGACGUGGAGAGCGUCAGCAACAGCUACGUCACUAACAGUAUCGCCGGCAGCAUGGCGGAGAGCUACGACACGGAGAGCGGCUUCGAGGAUGCCGAAAGCUCUGAUGUGGCGAACUCCGUGGUUCGGUUCAUCAACCGCUUCGUGGACAAAGUGUGUAAUGAGAGCGGGGUCACCAAUGAACACCUGAAGGCUCUUCACACCAUGAUACCAGAUAUCGUCCAGAUGCACAUCGAGACUCUGGAUGCGGUCCACAGGGAGAGCAAGCGCCUGCCGCCGAUCCAAAAGCCUAAGUUGCUGAGGCCCAUCCUCCUGCCGGGUGAGGAGCUUGUGAUGGAUGGAAUGCGAGUGCACCUGAUCUCCGAUGGCCGUGAGGAGGCCACGGGGGUCAUGGGUGGUCCACCCCUGUUGCCCGCCGAGGGCGCCAUCUUCCUCACCACCUACCGCCUCAUCUUCAAGGGCACGCCCACUGACGCGCUGGUGGGUGAGCAGGUGGUGACACGGUCGUUCCCCAUCGCCUCCCUUACCAAGGAGAAGAGGAUCUCCAUCACCCUCCCCAUGGACCAGUUCAUCCAGGAGGGGCUGCAGCUACGCUCCUGCACCUUCCAGCUGAUGAAGAUUGCAUUCGAUGAGGAGGUGGCGUCAGACCUGGCUGAGGUUUUCAGGAAGCACAUGCACAAGCUGCGCUACCCACAGCACGUCCAGGGCACGUUCGCCUUCACCGUGGGCCAGUUUGGCAAGAUGGCGGUGGAGCACAAAGCCAAGGACAAGAACCAGUCGCUCAAGACUCUCUCUAAAAACCUGGUGAAGAGCGCCAAGAGGACCAUCGGCCGGCAGUACGUGACCAGGAAGAAAUAUGCCCCUCCCACUUGGGAGAACAGGAGCAGCCUCCAGUCCGAACUGGACGAGGACGAGAUCUCAGUCUCGGAGGAGAUGGACCAGAGCUCCCUCACCCUCUCCUCCACCAUCCGCUCCUCAGACCGACAGACCAUGAGCAACGUGGUUGAGCGCGCCUGUUGCCGAGACUACCAGCGCCUCGGUCUGGGCACGCUCAGCAACAGCCUGACACGCUCCAAGAAUGAGCCCUUCCGCAUCUCCACGGUCAACCGCAUGUACACAGUGUGCAGGAGCUACCCAGGCUUGUUGAUCGUGCCCCAGAGCAUCCCGGAUUCGACCAUUCAGAGGAUUUGUCGCUGCUACAGGCAGAACCGCUUCCCCGUGGUCUGUUGGAGGAACUCCCGUACCAAGGCUGUUCUGCUACGCUCUGCAGGUCUCCACGCUAAGGGGGUGGUCGGCUUCUUCAAGUCCCCCAACGCCCCCACUUCAGUGCCCUCCCAGGCGGAUUCCACCAGUCUGGAGCAGGAGAAGUACCUGCAGGCCAUCAUCAGCUCCAUGCCCUCCUACAGCGAGACCAGCGGCAGAAACACACUCAGCGGCUUCACCUCCACUCACAUGAGCACAUCAGACUCGUCAGAUAAGCUGAGACAACCCAAGAUCGGCGCACUGAUGAAACAGGUGAUGGGAGCCAAGGAGGACAUGCCGGGGACCUUCAGCCGAGGAGCUCUGGGUCAAAGGGCGAGAGUCAUCUCCCUUUCUCAAUCCAAAGUGUCAGGCAAGGCCAGGAACUCUCCUAGAGGCAAGUGGGGCAGUAUCAGGGGCAGCGGGCGUCUAAGUGCCUAUAACCCAGACGUGGGGAACCGCCUGGCAGGGAAGGAGUCCCCGCAGCCCAACGGGGGACCUAGCGAGGCCCUCUUCCUCCGACAGCAGAAGGCCUACCUCUACAUCAUUGGAGACAAGGCCCAGCUCAAGGGAGGGAAGCAGGACGCGUUCCAGCAGUGGGAGGUGGUGCCUAUAGAGGUGUGUGAUGUGAGGCAGGUGAAGAACAGCUUUAAGAAGCUGAUGAAGGCAUGCGUACCCAGCUCCAGCAGUCUGGACGCCACCAUGAGCUUCCACCGCUGCCUGGAGGACUCCGAGUGGAUGAGCCUGCUGCACAGGGUACUGCAAGUGUCAGUUCUGGUCGUGGAGCUUCUCUACUCAGGCUCAUCAGUCAUGGUCAGCCUGGAGGAUGGCUGGGACGUCACCACACAGGUAGUGUCCCUGGUUCAGCUGCUGUCCGACCCCUACUACCGAACCUUCGAUGGUUUCCGGCUGCUGGUGGAGAAGGAGUGGCUGUCGUUUGGCCAUCGGUUCAGCCACCGCGGAGCCCAGACGCUGGCCAGUCAGAGCAGUGGCUUCACCCCCGUCUUUCUUCAGUUUCUCGACUGUGUGCACCAGAUUCACCUGCAGUUCCCCAUGGAGUUUGAGUUCAGCCAGUACUACCUUAAGUUCCUGGCCUACCACUACGUCUCCAACCGGUUCAGAACUUUUCUGCUGGACUCAGACUACGAGCGCAUUGAGCUGGGGGUGCUUUAUGAGGAGAAAGGGGAGAAGAAAAGCCCUCAAGUGUGCAAGUCCGUGUGGGACUACAUCGACCGACUCAACAAGAAAACACCCAUCUUCUACAACUACAUGUUCUCCCCCGAGGACGAGGAGGUGCUGCGGCCCUACAGCUACAUUUCCAACCUGAAGGUGUGGGACUUCUACACGGAGGAGACGCUCUCUGAGGGGCCCUCCUACGACUGGGAGCUGGUGAGGAGCCGUCAGGAGCACACAGCGGAGGAGACGCAGGAGAAACCAGACACCAGCGCCCCUAAGUCCCGACGCCAAAUCGUCUGGCCCUGCUACGACAGCCUCAGCAGGGUGGUCCCCGACGCCAUCACCAAGCUGCUCCAGGACUUGCAGAAUCUGGAGGCAGAGCUUGGCCAGCCAUCAGAGAAGUGGAAGGAGACGUGGGACAAGAUUAAGAGCGCCCAGCGCACUGAGGCCAAACUGGAGAGCAGGUCGUCGAUUUCCAGCUCUCUGCUGAUGUCAUCCAACCUGAGCCACCAGCGCCGCUCUCAGGGCGUGUACCUCCAGGACCCCGGCGUCAGCUCCUCCAUCAACCUGUCCCUGGACUGCGAGGUCAGCGCCACCUCCACACCUGUGGCAGGCCGACCCAGUACCAGCACCCUGUACAGCCAGUUCCAGAGCACUGAGAGCGAGAACAGGAGUUUUGAGGGCAUCCUGUUUAAGAGAGGGGCGUUGCUGAAACCGUGGAAGCCGCGGUGGUUUGUGCUGGACAAAACCAAACAUCAGCUGAGAUACUAUGAAACCAGGCAGGACAAGGAGUGUAAAGGGGUGAUUGAGCUGGCAGAAGUGGAGUCUGUUAUUCCAGGAGCGCCCGCCAUGGGAGCACCCAAAAACAUCGACGAGAAAGCCUUUUUCGAUCUCAAGACGACCAAAAGAGUGUACAACUUCUGUGCCCAGGACAGCCUGAACGCACAGCUGUGGAUGGACAGUGUUCAGAGUUGCCUGUCGGACGCUUAAGACAGAAGGCAGGACUGUGAGGACAGAAGCAACUCAGCCACCAAUGACUGAGCGGCGCUGAGGCACCUGAUGGACAUCUCUGCCGGCCAAUCCCGAAGGAGAGGGCGGGAGAGGACAGGGGGAGGGGGACGGGGUAUUAAGCUCCUUUCGGGGUCGGUGGUGUUGAACUAAUGAUGUUGUGUCACAGCGUUUCAGUGGUUUUUUUGUUAUAAAAACGGAAAAAGAAAAAAAAAAGAAAAACGAUUCCCCCCUGAACGACCACUUGCCAUCGUCUCACCGAGUCACUGACGUCCUGCGCUCCCUCUCCCGUUGUCUGACCACUAUUCCCCCCCCCCCCCCAACGUCUCUGUUUGAAAUGCUGCAUGACGCCGUUUGUCAACUACUAACGCAACCUGGGGCACUGGGCAGCACGCGAGCAUGAAGACCGAUCCACCCCAACCAACCCCUUCCUUCCACACACUCGCACCAGGGACGGUGGAAGGAUAUGCUGUCUGCUCAUGGACUAAGAGACGGGGGUGGCAUCUGCCUUGAAAACCACGUGCACAUCCUCAACAGGAUCUAGAUCGCCAUUGACUGGAUCAACCAAACUGCCGCAUGCAACCAGGAAAGCCCAAAUGCAACCCCACCCACCCACCACCACCACCAACCCCACACUGCCCCCGCCGCCUCUCACUGCCGGAUGAAGCUGAUUCGCCGUGCGCUCGGAGGAAAUUCGGCGCAAACCCGAACUGGUUCCUUUAGCCCAAGACAUUUAAGGGAGGUGUUCUCCACGGCUCAUGAAGGAAUUUACUUUCAUCCAAUUUUUUUUUUCUACUCUUUUCCAUCAGAUGUUUAAUUUGUCUCGGAAUGAGACGGACGUCUCUCAGCUCCCCUCCCCGAACGGCUGCGCACGACAAUAUACUGUGAAAGCCAUUUCCCCUUUCGAUCAAAGCAGGGCUCGUGCCAGUCCGCAGACAAGAUACCCGGUGUGUCGUGUAUGAAGUGUGUAUGUGGGAACCUUCACUAAAGAGUGUUUACAAAAAGAGAGGCUAUGGACAGUACUUUUCUCGCUAAGCUAGGCUAUUACUCUGCGUUUCUUAUCAGUACGACUACAACCACUAUGAUUAACCUUGAGCGCUUGGAGGGAUGCUACAGGAAGCGGCGUAACGUGUGUUGUGAUGAAUAGAGGAAGUAAAAGGCAUGUAUGGAAGGUUUGGGCUGCGGAGGGUGUAAACAGAUACCCGGACGGAGACCGGACACCGGCCAAAUCCCCCAACCGCCCUGAAGAGUGCUGGUCAGGACCCCUCGGGCAGAGGGACGGCUGCAUUUUAAUACUGAGCAGAAGGGAUCUUUCCAAGAUAUUUUAGGGAGUGUGGCAGUUGGUUUGUUUUGCUGUAACGUGUCCCACUAACCGGCAACGGAGACGCUUUGCCGACCUGCGGAGGGGGAGGGGGGGGGCGCCGUCUGGUGUCAUUUCACACAGCCCCUUAGGACACAGUUAAAACAGGACGUGCCGCAGAACAAAGUCCAGCAGGAAGAGAUCAAGGUAGUUACGCAUCCACUUACAGUGAACGUGUCAGACAUUGCUCUGUUCAGCAGUAUUUUACCGGGCAUAAAACGCGUUGAUGUUUCAGCCAGACGAUAGUCUCUCUCGCUCUCUCUCGCUCCGGCGGGGCUUCUGUCUAAACCAGUGUUUUUAGUUCGUCAGGGCCUGUUACAUUUUCACCAAGGUUGUAAUAUAGAGAAGUCUGCGUCUGCUAGAGAAUUAUAGAGAGUAUGUUUAGAGUGAUUCUGAGGUUGGAAAAAGUCACUUUUUUUAAAAUGCUACAGAAUUGUACGGUUAGCCUUUUUUUUUUUGGGGGGUUUGUUUUUUUUUUGGGACCCCCUCUCGCCACACAACACAAACACACCCACUCUCAUUGUUAACGCAAACCCUGACGUGUAAAAUACGGUUAUACUGCUGUCUUGUUGAACAUACAAUUUGAAUUGUAGAUUUUUUUUUGUGUCUAAUAACUCCCUUGUAUAUACUACUCCAGAUUUGUAUGUAACGUUUAUGGUAGUAAUUUAUUUAACGUCGUCUCCUCAGCAAGAAAAAGAAAAAAAAAAAAAAAAGAAAGAAAAAAAGUUCCUCAUGCACCACUUUUAUUAUUGAAUUAGGAAUCCAAUGUGCCAUUUGUUUAUUUCUGUAUUAAUGUGACUAAUGCUACUACUUUUUUUUUUGGAAGAAAAAAAAUGUACAACUAAAUCCUCAAUAUCUUUUUUUUUUUUAAACAUGGUUGUCCUUAAUAUCAACCCUAAAGCUAGACUGAAAUGGUGUGUUUGUAGGGGAUCGGGCCUUCCCAGCAGGAGGGGCUUCGUCCUCCAGACCGGUCCGCUGGUCCAGCUGCACCGGCCGGGUGGGUGUCCGAGAUGUAAGCGGUGCAAAUUAAAAAAAACAACAACACCAAAUUCAACCUCUGGUCGAGGGUUCUGGCGACUUAACGUGGUUUUGGUUCUCCAAUUCAGUUUGUGGUGUUUCAAACAGCAACAACGAGGCGAGACGGACUGGUGGGAAAAUCCUGUGGUGGGUUUGACAGGCACAAAUUAAUUUUAAAUUAAAUGUUGGCAUAUCACAGUACUAAAACAUUUCAUUUAGAAUGGCGGGGCUGUAAUUUUAAAUAAUGAAGAUGCUGAUACAAGGCUCUCUAUAAGUGCAAUAAAGUGUUUUGUUCUUCAGUUUAAGGUAAAUGUAUGCCGUCUUUUGAUGUUUUCUUUUUGUAAUUGGACAUUUUAAAUCUCGUUUAAACCGGAAGUCACGUGAUACACACACCCCGUUCCCUCGAAAGGCGGGUUGUCAUUGGAAGACGGGCCAGGCUGCAGUUGUUAGAGGACGGAACCGUUUUAAGGAAGACUUCCGUUGGUUUCCGCCCCCCUCCCCCUCCCCCCGGGUCUGUUUCCGGUUGUAUUUUCGUCCUUCCUGUUGGUUAUAGUGGGCUGUCUGACGUGUCGGUCUCAUCAUGGAGGUUUUCGAAGACCAGCCCAGGCGCAGGACAAACUAGCGUACAGGUUCAAGUCCACUUUAUCAAAACCUCUCAUUUGCCGGGGGGGAAACUUUAAAGGCAUUAGAAGUUAAAACGACAACUUGCGGAAACGAGCCGCCGUACUUAACCUAUUUGGCGCGCCAAAAUGUGAUCAGGCUUUUUGGUGACUCGCGUGGAAAACACUAGCGAGUUCGGGGGGGGGGGGGCAGCCGAGUACCGCCGCGGCCGGGGCGCGAACCCGUGGCUCCCGCACCGCGGCCGACAACGUUAACCAGUACACCAAAGGGUCCGACCCGUGCACAUUACACUACCGCCCCCGCCCUCCUUCGGCAAGCGUG